AUGCUCAAGAUGGCCAGCAUUGGCACCAAGAUCCAAUUGAACAAGGUCGAAUCUGAAAUAUGCUCGUUGGUAAAAGAGUUUUGUUCGCAGUAUAAUGCCCUGCACGCCAGCGAAGAGCCGUUAACGGCCAGAAUCACAGGAGGCUGGGUUCGUGAUAAACUGCUUGGAAACGAGUCCAACGAUCUCGAUAUUGCUGUCAAUAGCAUGACCGGGGAACAGUUUGCUGAGAAAUUGUGCGAAUUUUUGAACGAGCGUGGGUUGCAGACACAUUCGUUGAACACCAUCAACAAAAACCCCUCCAAGUCAAAACAUUUGGAGACUUGCACCACGAAACUACUCGGUGUUCCUGUCGACUUUGUGAACUUGAGAUCAGAAGAAUACACAAUGGAAUCAAGAAUCCCAAAAGUCGAAUUUGGAACACCUUACGAAGAUGCCAUGAGAAGAGACGCAACUCUAAACGCUAUGUUUUACAACAUCACUGAAGAUAAAAUCGAGGACUUCACCGAAAAGGGGAUCCGCGAUCUUAACGAUGGCAUCUUGCGUACACCGUUGCCCCCCAAAAAGACCUUUAUAGACGACCCAUUGCGUGUCCUUAGACUCAUCAGAUUUGCUUCCAGGUUUAACUUUAAAAUAGAGGAACAAACAUACCAGGCGAUGAAGGAUAAAGAUAUACACGUCUCUUUCAAUCAAAAAAUAUCCAAGAGUCGUAUUUACACGGAACUACACAAAACUUUUACUUCGGAAAACCCUUUUUAUGCACUAGACUUGAUCCAGGGAGCUAAUAUGUCCAGUGUCAUUUUCUCCAGCAGCACAACAUCUCCGAAAAUUGAAACCGUGUAUGCAUCGUUAGACUCACAUCUUAAACAAUUAGUGGAUCACAUUCCAAAUCUUUUAUCAAAUCACGAAUUGUUCGCACGUCUCUUCCCGGAAUUUCAGGAACCGCUUAUCUUGUCAUUGGUUUUAUGUGGAUUCAAAGGCCUUACAGGACCAGACCCAGCAAAACCAAAAAACCAAAUCCCUUUGGCUGGUGUAAUAGUAAAAGAAGGUAUAAAUUAUCCUAAUGCUCAAGUGAAUAAUGUCAUCACUUGCGUGGAAUCUGAGGACAUCUAUCAUCAAUUGAUUGCAAACGCAGAAACAAUGCAGAGAUCAGAACUUGGUUUCGCCUUAAUUAAAUUUGGAGAACCUUGGAAAAUGGUUCAUUUCUAUAAUAUGUGCCUUGAAUAUCUACGCAAUGGCAUAGAAUCGACUUCUCGGUUUGACCACUUCUACAAAUUAGUUCAUGAUCGUGACCUAGCCGACGUUUAUUCCUUGAAGCAUAUAGUCAAUGGUAAAGAAUUGGCAAAGUUGUUAAACAAAAAACCAGGUGUAUGGAUGUCAAAAACCAUGGAUGAUGUGUUAAAAUGGCAAUUAAAUAAUCCAGACAAAUCGAAGCAAUAUUUCAUCGAAAACAUCAAUAGUAUAAUCGAACUUCCUUGA